GACGAAUUGGUUCCUCCUCAGCCUGUGUGGUUGUCUCUUUUCGAUUAAAUUGCGGACUUUUGAAUUCCGAAUGGCUGUUCCCUUCAUUCUGGUUUUCUUUCUCGUCUCUCCUUCUGUGCAUGGUCACCGCCAUAAUUGUCCCAAGUCCUUCAACUGUGGAAAGAUUGGACAGCUCCAUUUCCCUUUCUACAACAUCACAGACCGUCGAUGUGGGUUGCUGCCUGUGAAUUGUGGCAAAAACGGAACUGCAAAACUGCAAUGGGGUAACUGGUCCGUGGAAGUAGAGGAAGUCUUGGGUAACGCCAUCAAGAUAAGGGAUAAUUGCAGAAGUGACUUCAUAAGCCUAAAAAGUUGCGAUGUUUUCAAUUACCUCCCUUUCUUCAGUUCAUCUUCUAUGUCCACUACAACAUUUCCCAAUAUCGCCUUGGUCAAAUGCGAAAACAGAAGCGAUCCCAAACUAAACAAAAGGACACAAGAUCGCUUCCACAAAUAUCGAAGUUACGAAAAAUGCCCGGGUUACACGUUCUACUAUUCUUCAGACCCUAAUCAGCAACUUCCGUCACCUGGCAGUGGGCUGCCCUGUGUUGAAGUUAUAGUACCGGCAGCAGUACCAUCGAAGUGGAACGGAAAGGCUAGAGAUUUAUUCUCACUAUUUGCAUCUGAGUACUAUGUUGGAUUCAGUGUCUCAAAUAAAUGCAAUAAAUGUCGCCUUAAGGGUGGCCAAUGUACAUCUCUUGCAUUUGGCGAGUUCCAUUGCAUAAUUGAGGGAGGAUGUAUAUUUGCAUUUCUGAAUGUGCAGGGAAGAAGAAAUCUGAAGCUGAUUCUAGGAACAGUCAUACCCGGAUUCUUUAUCCUACUCGUACUCUUUUUGGGGAGUGGCAAAAGAUGGAGUUACAUCUCUUCUCACGUGUUCUCAAGGAACAGUGCUGAUUUUUCGAAAGCAGACCUUGAAGGAGGUAGUAUCUACUUUGGUGUACCUGUCUUCUCCUACAAGGAACUCGAAGAAGCCACAAAUAACUUCGAUCCUUCUAAAGAAUUGGGAGAUGGAGGAUUUGGCACUGUUUACCACGGCAAGCUCAAGGAUGGGAGGGAAGCUGCGGUAAAACGCUUCUAUGAGCACAAUUACAAGCGGGUGACCCAAUUCAUGAAUGAAAUUGAAAUUCUGAACCGCCUUCGCCACCGCAACCUCGUAUCCCUCUAUGGCUGCACCUCUCGCCAAAGUCACGGCCUGCUCCUCGUCUACGAGUACAUCCCUAAUGGUACAGUUGCCGACCACCUCCACGGCUGCCACGCAAAAGAAGGCUGGACCCCUGGCUAUGUCGAUCCAGAGUACCACCAAUGUUUCCAGCUGACCGAUAAAAGUGAUGUUUACAGCUUUGGAGUUGUGCUAAUUGAGCUCAUAUCAUCAAUGCCUGCGGUUGAUAUUAGCAGGCACAGGCAUGAGAUCAGUUUGGCCAAUUUGGCUAUGAACAGGAUCCAAAACAGGGCUUUCAAUGAAUUGAUCGAUCCAUGGCUGGGCUUCGAGUCAGAUCCUGAGGUGGAAAGGAUGACAACGUCGUGGCGGAGGUGGCAUUCCGGUGCCUACAGCCAGAAAAGAAAUGAGGCCAAUGAUGGA